AUGGCUUUUCAGUUUGCACCGAAAUCAGUCCAGUUCUCCAGCCAUAAUCACCUUCAGCCAGUGCAUCUUCAGCAUUGCUACCAAAAGGAAACUGUGGACAUGCUGAAGAGUCACAUCAAAGAGGAACUGAUGCAAGGGGAGGAGGCUGACACCAUGUACGAGUCCAUGGCCCACCUCUCCACAGACCUGCUCAUGAAGUGUUCCCUCAACCCCGGCUGCGACGAGGAGCUCUAUGAGUCCAUGGCUGCCUUCGUGCCCACGGCCACCGAAGACCUCUAUGUCGAAAUGCUUCAGGCCAGUACAUCUAAUCCAAUCCCUGGAGAUGGUUUCUCUCGGGCCACUAAGGAUUCUAUGAUCCGCAAGUUUUUAGAAGGUAACAGCAUGGGAAUGGCCAGUUUGGAGAGGGAGCUACACCAUGGUGGUCAGGAAGAAGAUGUGUAUCACAUGGUGGAUGACGAUGAGGCCUUUAAUGUGGACCUGGCCAACAGACCCCCUGUCCCGGUGCCCAGGCCAGAGGCCAGUGCUCCUGGCACUCACCACCUGCCUGACAAUGAGCCAUACAUUUCUAAAGUUUUUGCAGAAAAAAGUCAAGAGCGGCCUGGGAAUUUUUAUGUUUCCUCAGAGAGCAUCAGGAAAGAGCCUCUCGUCCGACCAUGGAGGGACAGGCCCCAGUCGAGUGUAUAUGACCCUUUUGCUGGGAUGAAAACGCCAGGCCAGCGGCAGCUGAUCACGCUCCAGGAGCAGGUGAAGCUGGGCAUCGUCAACGUGGAUGAGGCUGUGCUCCACUUCAAAGAGUGGCAGCUCAACCAGAAGAAGCGGUCGGAAUCCUUCCGCUUCCAGCAGGAAAAUCUUAAACGGCUAAGGGACAGCAUCACCCGAAGACAGAGAGAGAAGCAAAAAUCAGGAAAGCAGGCAGACUUGGAGAUCACCGUCCCGAUUCGGCACUCACAGCACCUGCCCGGGAAAGUGGAGUUUGGAGUCUAUGAGAGCGGCCCCAGGAAAAGCGUCUUCCCCCCAAGGACGGAGCUAAGGCGAGGAGACUGGAAAACAGAUAGUACCUCCAGCACAGCAAGCAGUACGAGUAACCGAUCCAGCACCCGGAGCCUCCUCAGUGUGAGCAGCGGGAUGGAGGGGGACAAUGAGGAUAAUGAAGUCCCUGAGGUUACCAGAAGUCGUAGCCCAGGCCCCCCACAAGUGGAAGGAACACCCACUCUGCCCCUUGAGAGGCCCCCCAGGGUACCUCCCAGAGCUGCCUCACAGAGGCCUCCUCCCCGGGAGACCUUCCACCCCCCUCCACCUGUUCCACCCAGAGGGCGCUGACUCCACCUCCUAAAACCUGCCUACAUCCGGACUUCGAGACUUGCAAUUUCAGCCUGUUAAUGAUGUCUUCAUGUUGAGUUUUAUGGCAGGACUACUGACUUAAGACCUCCUCUCAUGGCUGAUGUCGUUGUGGCCCUGCUGGUUUGGGCUUUCCUUGAAGAAGAUAUUCUUAAGGCAUGAAGAAGUGAAAAACUGAGCAUUUUAUUCACCAUCACCAAGUAUAUUGAUCCAUAGCCUUGUUUGCCAGAAGGAUAAAGACUUAAUUGGAAUACUUACCUCGAAUUUGGCAUGUCAGAAGCCUGAGAAGAUUGAUUAGAAAUGUACUUUUACAAGUGAUUUUACUGAAAUGCACUUAUAUUAGGCCUUACUUAUUUGCUAAUCCAGACUAACUUCUAGAAGUGGUUAUGAUUUAAGACUUACAGUAUAUGGGUAAGGAGAUAUGUUCUGAUUUUUAAGGUUCUUCAACUUUUCUGUAGAUUCUGGAGGGUGUCUAAACGCCAGGCCUGGUCACAAUAGAACAAACUGAAAAAGACUUUAGAGAUGGAUUAGUCCUAAGUCCUUUUAUAUGGAGGGCAAAUCUGAGGUUCCACAGAAACUCAGAGUAUACAAUUGGUUAGAAGAAGAGAUGUGUUUAGAGGCUGGGUCUCUUAAUUUCAGGUCACCACACUUUCAAUCUCUAGAUAGCCAAUCGCUCUCCCUCAAGAAAUGCCCACAUGUAGAAAUUUGGUCACUGACUGACUAUUGACCUUCCAGAAAUGUCCUUCCAGAUCUCCCAGGCAUGGGACUAUCAAGUAUUUUUUUCAGUUUGGGCAUUUAUAAUUCAGUAUGCUUUCAAAACAGUAUUGUUGCCAAGGAACAUCUGUAAAUGGUUGGGAACCAGAAGCUUGGGAUACCAAUGACCACAUUUAUUGUUCUGCAGCCUUUAUAGGUCUUAUUAGUUCUGGCCAUAAGGAGAGAGGAGGAUCCUUGACUCUUUCUCUGCCAAGAGGUCAGAAGAGAAAGGAAGAAUGUAAAAUAGAAACAUUUAUCUAUUUCCUUAUUAUUACCACUAGACUUGGGAUAUCUGUACAAAGAAUAGAGAGCCAUUAAUAUGUCAUUAAUUUUGAGUCACUGGCACAGAAAUCUGCCUUUAGAGCACAGAUCCUUAAUUUGAUACUUAAACAUACGGUAAAGUUAGUAUCAGACAUAUUUCUUUAAAAAAUAUCAGAAAUCUGGUGAUUUUUCAUGAAAUGUAUUCUCUGUCCCACACAGAUACAAGCCACAGUAUUACUGAUCUAUUUAAGUACAGUUUUAUUAUGUCCUUUUCUAAUGAUUCAGGUUGGUGUUGUUUUCCAAUUUCAUUCAUCGGUCCAGCAAACAAGGACUCGUAUUGAAAUUAAUAGCUUAUGGGUCGUGGGUCAUUUUUCUGACAUAAAAUACACUAUUGGCCAUGGCCAUUAAGAGAGUGUUUGUGCAAAUCACCUACCGCAAUGCCUGGCACAUAGUAGCCAUUCUGCAUGGUUCCUUUCCUCUCUUUGUCACUUCUUUGGGAGAAAGAGGGUAAUGUGGGAUAGAGGGAGAACAAGAAAUUAUAAUGUUGGUAUGGUUGUCCUUCCUCUUAUUUAUACAUGAUCUCUUAAGCACAUUUGAUUUUGACAAAAGCUACACUUUUUUUUUAAUAUUCAGUAUCUCUGAGCCCCUUCUUAGAGGCCAAAUUUAGAUUUUUGUACAUUCUCUGAUUAAUAAGCAUUUAGAUCAAUAACAUGGCAAAACUUACUGCCAGCUGUUAGUGUUAGCAUCUUUGUAUGCACAUCACUGUUUGUACAAUAUUGGCAUGUUUGAUUACAUUUUAUUCUUCUGUGAAAGUAAGUGGAAAACAUAAAAUUGAAAGUGCUGAUUAGACACUUGGGUCUGACAAAUGUGACACACUUGAGACAUGGGUGGAGAUGGUCAGGAGUUCAUUGCACAUCCAAGCUGCUCCAUGUUAUCACAGAAUGUCUCCAACAAUGAAGUGAAAUUCUUCAUUUUCUGGAAACAGAACUACCCAUUAUAACAUAAAUUUAUUCAACUUCUGCACACUCAACUUUUAUACACAUUUUUAGGAAUAUAUUAUGUAACAAAACCUUGGAUUUCAAUACAGUGAGGAUCAGAAACUAAAUUUGUAAGUAGGUAUCCAAAGAGACUGUUAAAAAAGUUCUCUGCUUUGGGAGACAACUCUGCUGCCACCAUCCUUCCCCGAGAUUUUAUGAGCUGGUUCAAUAGAAAGGGAAGCUAUUAGUCAUAUUCGUGGUCAUUGCCUUUGCUUCUAACUGUACAAGGCACAUUGUCCUUUAGUUCCUAGGCCAGUAUUCUUCCUUAAUCUCAUAUUAAAACCUGUGAGCAGAUAACCCAACGAUAUAAGCAACAAAGCACGAAGACUGAGAGACUAGAACAAGAGGUUGGUGUUACAAUCAAAUAAUUUAACUUGACAUAUUUAAUGAUGUGAAUAAUCCCUAAUGCUUUGCCAUAAUUAGGCAAAGUGAUAGUAUGAAAAUUACUUCAGUGAGGAGUUUUACAAGUCAAGCUAAGUACUUACUCUCCCCUCCAUUUUUCUUGCUUUGUUACUAAAAAAGAGAGGUUCUAGCCUGUCCUUUAUCACUUCAGUAGUUGGGAUUUUUAAGUCCCUCUCCCAUAUGCACCAGGAAAUAGGAUGGUUUUCUGUGCUCCUCUUUCAAAGAAUAGUGUUUGGUUUUGCAGCUGGUUGGCUGAGGAAGCAUCAAUAACAGAUUUAUUUCAGUCUGAGAACCAAUUGUUUUAAGUGAUUGCUUCCUAAAGAAAGAACUUAGAACAAUUAGAAAGUUUUUUCCCUGCCUAGAAUAUUCCAGCUAGAACAGAAAAGAGAUGUACAAAGUGAUGAGUAGCAAUGGAAGGACUGCCCCACCCCAGAAGUAAAUAACUAGAAAGACAAACAUAAAGUAGAAAGAAGAAAUAGAAUUUCAAAGAAAAGGGUAUCUGAAACUAGCCCCUAUACAAGGCUUGUCUUGGGCAGCCAUAAGGCAAAUAGAUCUCCUCACCUGCCCACCAGAGUCUUAAAAGUUCAUAUAGAGAGGCCUUAACUGGGUUCAGUCACAUAUACCGUCCAGAUGGUCUCAACAACACCUUACUCCCUCAAGGUUAUGUUCUUGGAGCAGCUCCCACUUUGGAAAUAGUGGGCAGAGUAUAUAUUCCAAAGACAGGGAAGGGGGUGAGGAUCCUCCGACUGCCAGCAUACGGCGCGAGGGUCAACUGGCGGUCAUGUUCUCUCAAUUACCUUCUCUAACAGUACCUGACAUUGGAAAUCAAAAGAUAUGUUGUUAUUUAUAGACCAAGACUUUUGAAGAUCAUGUUUAUUAAGAAUGAAAAUAAAAGAUUGAAAUGGUG